AUGUCUUUCUCGAAACCCGUCGGCCUCUCGCUCGACACACUUCGCUGCAUCGACCGCCCCUCUCUCCAACAGCGAAACGCCUGCGCCCCUUUGCCCGCCAGCCUACGCCGAGGCGGUGUGCUCAACCAAUGCAGCACAACUUUCCGAACGACUCCCACCAUCUGCAGCUGUAGUGGACUCGCUCAAAUGCUGAGAGCAUGCGACCGUAUCUGCAAGCUCACAAGCCAAAACACCUGCAUGAAGACCGUCUCUCGCAAAGGCGACGAUGGUUGGCAGGCGGCCUGGGUGUCGAAAAGGAAUAGCGACAGAAGAAUGGCGGCAUAG